AUGGGAAUUCAAUUGCCUCAUGUCGCUCGAAUGCUGAUCAUUCAAGCUAAAAAUUGUAGACAAGUUACUUUCUGUAAACGCAGAAAACGUCUUAUCAAGAAAGCCAAUGAACUCUCCAUUCUUUGCGAUGUGGAUGUUGGUGGUGUUAUAAUCUCCAACAAUGGCACUGGCAGACUCCAUGAAUUCUCCAACACUAACAGUGUGACAGGCAUCCUUCAACGAUAUGAAAGCCACGUCGAAACAGAAAAAGAGAUCUCUGAGCACUCUAAUUACUCUAGCAUGAAAAUCGGAGAACUUCUACAAAUAACAGAAAGGCAACUCGAGGAAACUAAUGCUGAUGGUCUCACUAUCACUGAACUUGUCCAUUUGGAGAAUGAACUUCAAACUGCUCUAAUACAAAUCAGAUCUAGAAAGACACAUUUGAUGCUUGAAUCUGUUAAGGAUCUUCAUGAGAAGGAAAAAUUGCUGCGAGAGGAAAAGAAACUUCUGGAGAACAAUAGAGCUCAGAUGAAGAAAAACAGAAAAGUGAAUGAUAUGUCUGACCUUCCACCACAGAGGGUAACCCUGAAUUUUCUCAAGUGAUAUUAUUAUCGGCAUAUUUUUCAGAUCGCCUUGCUGUGGCUCCAGGCGAAUAACCUGCACAAGACGUGCAUUUCCUGUAUUUAGUAAGUACCAUUUUCGUACAUGUAAUGAGCAGCAACUUCAGAAAUAACAAGCAAUAAUGUGUAGUGUCAGUGAAACUACUUGUUCAUGGCCGGUCUUGCCAUACUAAAUCAAGGUCAACUCUGAAUACUUUUUACCACAUAAUAAUAAGGUGGCAAGGUCGGCUAUCCGUACGACCAUGUAUU